AUGGAUCCAGCUGUGGCGAUCGUGUUGGGCCAGGAUCCCGCGCCAUUUGAGCAGCUGCUGCAGCGACUCCUUUCCCCGUCAAACGACGACAGAGGCGAGGCCGAGCGCAUAUUCAAUCUCUGCAAGCAGCAGCCUGACGCUCUCGUUCUCCGCCUCGUCGCAGCGCUGCAGUCCUCUGCCGCAGGAGCGGACGUGCGUACGAUCGGCGCGGUGCUCCUUAGACGAGUGAUUACGAAGGACAGCGUGUCGCUAUGGCCGCAACUGAGUCCCGCGACGCAGGCGACCGUCAAGACUGAAUUGCUCGCUAGCGUGCAAAGAGAGCCUACUAAGGCGAUCUGGAAGAAGCUGUGCGACACGAUCGCGGAGCUCGCGGCGGGGAUCGUGGAGUCGGGGACAUGGCCGGAGCUGCUUCCGUUCAUGUUCCAAUGCGUGUCGUCGGCGGACGAUCGACUCAAGGAAGCAUCGCUGCUGAUCUUCGCGCAGCUAGUGCAUUUCUUCCAGUCGCAGCUCAAGCCUCACUUGCCCACUCUACACAAUGUGCUUCUUCAGUGCCUCUCCCAGUCAGCCAAUCCCGAUGUGCGGAUCGCCGCUCUAAAGGCAGCUGCGAAUUUCGUCGAGGCGCUUGAAACUCCCGAGGAGCUGACGCAAUUCCAGGAUUUGCUGCCCGGCAUGAUGCAGACGCUGAAUCUGUGCCUGCAGAGCAAAGACGAGGCCAGCGCGCAAGAGGCGCUCGAAAUGCUCAUCGAGGUUGCCGGCAUCGAGCCGCGGUACAUGCGCAAGCAGCUGACUGACGUCAUCGCCGCAAUGCUGCAGAUCGCGGAAUCCACGCAGCUCGAGGACGCCACGCGUCACCUCGCCAUUGAGUUCCUGAUCACGCUGUCAGAGGCCCGCGAACGCGCGCCGGGGAUGAUGCGCAAGGUGCCUCAUUUGGUGGGCCGGCUGUUCGCAGUGCUGAUGGCGAUGCUGUUGGAUAUCGAGGACACGCCCGAGUGGCACGCCGCGAAUGACGAGGAGGAAGAUUCGGGAGAAUCGGCGAAUUACGAGGUUGCACAAGAGUGCCUUGAUAGGCUCGCGAUCUCGGUUGGCGGGAACACCGUUCUCCCGGUCGCGUCGCAGGCGCUUCCCGCGUACUCGACCGACGCGGAUUGGAAGAAGCGGCACGCGGCGCUCGUGUGCCUUGCGCAAAUUGCGGAGGGCUGCACCAAGGUGAUGUCGAAGAGUCUGGAGUCGGUGGUGACCAUGGUGCUCGCCGCCUUCAACGACCCCAACCCGCGCGUCAGGUGGGCGGCGAUCAACGCGGUGGGGCAGCUGUCGACGGACCUGGGCCCGGACCUGCAGCAGCAGUACCACGCGCGCGUGCUGCCCGCGCUCAUCGCCGCCAUGGACGACGGCGCCAACCCGCGCGUGCAGGCGCACGCCACCGCCGCCAUCCUCAACUUCAGCGAGGCCGCGACGCCCGAGAUCAUGGCGCCGUACCUGGACCAGCUGCUCAAUAAGCUGCUGCAGCUGCUGCAGUUCGGCAAGCGCAUGGUGCAGGAGGGGUCGCUCACAGCCAUUGCUGCCAUCGCUGACUGCUCUCAGGAGCACUUCUCAAAGUACUACGACGGGGUGAUGCCGUACCUCAAGACUGUCCUCACCCAGGCGGGCGACAAGGAGCAGCGCAUGCUGCGCGCCAAAGCAAUGGAGGCGAUCAGCCUGGUGGGCAUGGCGGUGGGCAAGGACAAGUUCCGAGCCGACGCCAAGGAGGUGAUGCAGGUGCUCGUGUCGCUGCAGUCCGCGCCCAUGGACGACGACGACCUCACCAUGAGCUACAUGCUGCAGGCGUGGGCGAGGCUGUGCAAGUGUCUGGGAGCGGAGUUCCUGCCGUUCAUGCAUGUGGUGAUGCCGCCGCUGCUGCACUCCGCCUCGCUCAAGCCCGACGUCACCAUCUCCGAUAUUGACGACGACACCGCCAAUGAUGAUGACGAUGAUGACAGUGUGGAGACGAUAACGAUAGGCGACAAGAAGAUCGGCAUCCGCACAAGCAUGCUGGAGGAGAAGGCGACGGCGUGCAACAUGCUCUGCUGCUACGCUGACGAGCUCAAAGAGGGCUUCUUCCCCUGGAUCGACCAGGUUGCACAGCUGAUGGUGCCCUUGCUCAAGUUCUACUUCCACGAGGAGGUCCGCAAGGCCGCCGCCCAAUCCAUCCCGGAGCUGCUGCUGGACGGGAAGCUGGCAGUGGAGAAGGGCGUGGCGCCGGCAGUGACAGCGACAGCGGAGGGCGAGAAGCGCUACCUCAAGCAGAUGGUCGACUUCCUCGUGCCGCCCCUUGUGGAGGUGCUCACCAAGGAGCCUGAGGUGGAGAUGAUUGUCGCCAUGCUCGAGUCGCUGCAAGAAUGCAUUCAGCUGGGGGGAGCAGAGCUGAGUGCGGAGCAGGUGGCGCAGGUGGUGGUGCAGCUGAAGGCGGUGGUGGAGGGCAGCCGGGGGCGGCGUAAGGAGCGGCUGGAGCGCACACAGACAGAGGACUUUGACGAGGAGGAGAGCGAGCUGCUGCAGGAGGAGAACGAGCAGGAGGACGAGGUGCUCGACCAGGUGGGCGACUGCAUAGGAGAGCUGGUGCGGGUGUUCAAGGGCAGCUUCAAGCCCUUGGCCGAUGAUCUCGCCCCCUUCGUGCUUCAAAUGAUGGACAAGAGUCGGCCGUCCACGGAGAGGAGGGUGGGCAUAUGCAUCUUUGACGACCUGGCGGAGAACAUGGGCGAUGCUGCCGCCAGCUACUUCCCGGCGUUCCUGCCGCACAUCCUGGAAGCCGUGCUCGACCCCUUGCCCGAGAUCCGACAGUCAGCAGCAUAUGGCAUUGGCAUCUGUGCACAACAUGGUGGUGCUGCCUUCACGCCAUACGUGCCAGACACGGUGGCACGGCUGGGCCAGGUGGUGAGCAGCGGGGACAGCAAGAGCGAGCUGAGUGUGUCAGCCACAGACAACGCCAUAUCAGCGCUGGGGCGGCUGUGUGAGCACCAGGCGCACGCACCCUUCGACUCGGCGCACGUGCUGUCCGUGUGGCUCGCCUACCUGCCCAUCCGGGAGGACCGUGCAGAGGCCAAGGUCGCCCACGCCCAGCUCUGUGGCCUGCUGGAAAGGUCGGACGCUCGUAUUCUGGGCCCCAACAACCAGAACCUGCCCCACAUUGUCGGAGUGCUGCUAGAGGUGCUCAAGGCUGGCACGGACUUGGCAACAGAGGAGACGUGCAAGCGAGGUGUGACGCUGCUGAGGAGCCUACCAGCGGAGAUAGUGGGGGCUCUGCCCCCGGAGCAGCAAGCUGUCUUGCAGCAAGCCCUUCAGUGCGGUCACUGCAAACGACUAGAGCCAGAGUAUGUCAAGGCAGCGGAGAUGCUGGUGGAGGAGGGGUCGGACAUAGUGCUGGCGCGCAUCAACGGCGACGAGAAGAAGCACAAGGCCAUCGCCAGGAAGUACGGCGUAGGGGGCUUCCCCACCAUCAAGAUCUUCCGCACGGACUACGCAUCGCCGCUGACGUACAAGGGCCCGCGGGAAGCAGUGGGGCUGGUGGCGUAUCUGAAGAAGCAGGCGGGGCCGGCCAGCACCAAGGUGCGGUCGGGCUCCGACCUCAAGCGCGCCAUGGAGGACGAAGCCGUUGUUGUGGUGGGGCUGUUUUCAGCGCUCUCGUCGCCUGAGUUUGAGUCGUUCCUGUCAGUGGCGAGGGAGCUGCGCACCGACUUUGUGUUCAAGCACACCACCGACGCCGCGCUGCUGCCCGCCAAGGGGCCCCAGCUCGAGGCUCCUGCAGUGCGCCUGCUGAAGCAGUUCGACGAGGGGUACUCCGACACAGAGGAGUUCACAGCGGCAGCACUGAAGGCGUUCAUAGAGCGCCACGCGGUGCCGAGGGUGGUGGAGUUCAGCCAGGACCCCAAGGACCGCCCCUACCUCGCCCGCGUCUUCCAGGCGCCCACCAACAAGUCGCUGCUGUUCCUGACCUACAGCCUGCCGGAUGCACCAGAGUUUCGCAGCCGGUACGUGGAGGCGGCACAGGAGCAGCCCGACUCCAUCCGCCUCGUCAUCGGGGAGGCUGCUGCUAAUGAGCAUGCUCUCAAGUACUUUGGGCUGGCAGUGAGCGACACGCCAGCCAUGGUGAUUCACGACCCGCGCUACGAUGCCAAGUUCAUCCGCACCCACAUUGCUCCUUCUGACAUCGCCCCCUUCCUCGCCGACUUCCAGGCGGGGAGGGCGGAGAGGGUGUUGAAGAGUGAGGCGGUGCCACAGGGGGACUCAGGGGCGGUGAAGAAGGUCGUGGCCAACAGCUUCAAGGACCUUGUGCUCAAUUCCCGCAAGAAUGUGCUGGUGGAGUUCCACGCCCCGUGGUGCACAGCCUGUGCUGACCUGGAUCCCGUGCUCAAGGACGUGGCAGAGUCUCUCUCCGGCCAGAGGGAUGUUGUCGUCGCCAAGAUGGAUUUCUCUGCCAACGACAUUCCAUCGGAUAAGUUUGACGUGACGGCACUGCCAACCAUCUACCUCUACACAUCCGCUGGCGUUGCCGUGCCCUAUGCUGGCGACAACUCCAAGGCCAGUCUCCUCGCCUUUGUCCGGAAACACAAGGGAGCCAAGAAGGCUGCUGCUUCUCCCCCGACCGUGGAGGAAUUGGCCGAGGCGGAGGAGAUUGCCAAUGCUGAGGAUGGCGAGGAGGACGAGGAUGAGAGGAAGGAUGAGCUCCACGAUCAAUGCAUCGCUCUGACAUCACGCAUUUAUGCCCUUGUCGCCGCAUGCGCACAAGCAGGCAGCAGAGACGGUGCUGACAUCAGCAACGAGGGGGGGAUUGUGAUGGAGCUGCCUUGCUUGCCUUUCAACCCCGCCGAGGUGUUCCUUCCCGGGUCGUCCAAGACGCUGCAUCUCUACGAGGCGCGCUACCUCGCCCUGCUCGAGGAGGUGCUCUCGCGCAGCAGAGGGCUGCUGGGGCACGUGGUGUUGGAGCCCAUGCGAUCGGAGGACGGCCAGGGCAUGACCUUCGUCGCCUCCUAUGGCUGCCUCUCCUACGUUGAAAGCGUGCGCAAGCUGCAGGUGGGAGCGCUGGUGGCGGUGAGGGGAGUGGGGCGCAUCCGCCUGCAGCAGCUCACGCAGGUGGAGCCCUUCCUGCGCGGCCAGGUCGCUGUCGUCACGGAUGAUCGCUCAGAGGAGGGGGCAGGGGCGGAUGGCGCGGACAGCGAGGUGAACAAGGCGGUUGAGGAGUUGAGAGCGGUGCUGAGGGACGUGCAGGAGCUGCAGAUCAAGAUCAAGACCAGCACGGACGUGCCCCUACAGACGCCGCUGGAGAGGGCUCUGCGCUGGGUGGACACCGUCACUGCCGCCUCUGCUGCUGCGCCACCACCAGCACCCACAGCACCUGGCGCCCCUGCCACGUCUGCCACUGCCGUAGCCCAACAGCCCGCUGCUGCCUCGCCCCAGACAGUUGGUGACGCACCACGCACAGGUGCAGGCACACGCGUGGGUGCAGUUGCAGGCGAUGCAAAGAGCAGCAGCAGCGGCAGCGGCAGCGGCAGCAGAAGCACAGAGGCAUCGCCAUCAUCGUGGUCCAUUCUGCCCGAUGAUGACGGUGUGGAGCCCGACCAGCUGCCGCCCGAACAGCUCGAGUCUGCCGCCCGGUUCCUGGGCUUCCAAGGGCUGCCGACGCCGGCCACCCAGAGCACAGUGGCUGUCGAUCCGGCCUCUGUGACUGUUGACCCUGACUUUGGCAAGACUGCUCGCAGCAGCAGCAGCAGCAGCAGCAGCAGCAGCAGCAGCAGUGAGAGUGAGGGUGGGGGCGAGAGUGAGAAGGCAGGUGACGUUGAGGGCAGGGAGAGCAGGGGGGCUUUGGAAGGUGGUGGGUCGGUAACAGCCCCCGAGGUGCCUCCAUACCGCGAGUACCUGCCAUCGUACGACGAGCUUGUGACCUUUGCUGCCCUGCAACCAGUUGCAGGAGCGUCAGCAGCGGAGCUGCACGGGCUGCUGCAGAAGCGCCUGGCAGCCAUGGAGGAGACAGACACCAUGAAGCGGGCGGCACUGGCUCGGCAGUAUGCGGAGCAGAGCCGGGCGGCACUGGCUGCUAAGGUGGCACUGCAGAGCCUGCAGCUGUGA